AUGGAUGAAAAGUACGCAUCAGAGGAACGGAGAGAUGUUGUCCCUGUUCCCAAGACAUCGGCUGGCCGCUACCUGUCUACGCGCCUGGCAACCCUGAAACCAGCCCACGACAAAGUAGCCAAUCCCAUCACCCUGCUGCGCCUGCUCAACUUGCAGCAAUGGCUUUUCUUCCUCGUCGCCUUUUUUGCCUGGACUUGGGACGCCUUCGACUUCUUCACCGUAUCCCUCACCGUGGAGAAUCUGGCCGAGACGUUUGGAAAGACAAAAGUGGACAUCACGUGGGGUAUCACGCUAGUACUGAUGUUAAGGUCUGUUGGCAGUAUUGUCUUUGGCCUGGCUGCCGACCGGUAUGGGAGGAAGUGGACAUUUAUCAUCAACAAUCUGCUGUUCAUUGUGCUGGAAUUGGCAACGGGGUUCUGCGUCACCUAUAAAGAGUUCCUUGCCGUGAGAGCACUGUUUGGUAUCGCGAUGGGGGGUCUGUAUGGGAAUGCUGCUGCUACAGCUUUGGAGGACUGUCCUGAAGCAGCACGAGGACUCAUUUCUGGAAUGCUCCAGCAAGGUUAUGCGUUUGGAUACCUUCUUGCCACCGUAUUCGCUCGCGCCUUUGUCGAUACCGUUGGCCAUGAGUGGCGACCUCUUUUCUGGUUCGGUGCCGGACCACCUGUGCUCAUCAUCAUCUUCCGUAUCUGUCUCCCAGAAACACUGGCCUACCAGGAGCGUCAGCGUCUCCGUGAAGAGCAACCCAACGCCGCCAAGGUCUUUUUGGAAGAGGGUAAAGUCGCACUGAAGCGACACUGGUUGUUGUUGAUCUACAUGGUCCUUCUCAUGGCCGGCUUCAACUUCAUGUCCCACGGCAGUCAAGACCUUUAUCCAACCAUGCUGACUAACCAAUACAACUUCUCCAAGAACCAAGUCACCGUCAUCCAAGUUAUGGCCAAUGUGGGUGCCAUGUGCGGAGGUACCUUUGUAGGUUACAGCUCUUCCAUCUUCGGCCGCCGCUUUAGCAUUGUCGUCAUGUGUAUCCUCGGCGGCGCGCUCUUAUACCCAUACACCUUCACCUCCUCUAACGCCGUCAUCGCCGCCGCCGUCUUCGAGCAAUUCUGCGUCCAGGGCGCAUGGGGCGUCGUCCCCAUCCACCUCAUGGAGCUCUCCCCGGGCUCCUUCCGCACCUUUGUCGUCGGCACAAGCUACCAGCUGGGUAAUCUCGUCUCGUCUGCGUCGUCGACGAUUGAAGCCACCAUUGGUGAGCAGUUUCCCUUGCCGCCAAAGGGUGCGGUGAAGCGGUACAAGUACGGCCUUGUGAUUUGCAUCCUCAUGGGCUGCGUGUAUGCCUCUGUUAUCCUGUUAACGAUCUUGGGCCCGGAGUAUCGAGGCAGGGACUUUGAUGUGGCUGCAGAUCAGGACAUGGCGGCGGCUACGGGGCAUGUCAAGGACGUUGACGAUCGGGACGCCGAGAACCUGGAAGCGGGUAAAUCCAUUAAUGGAUAA